AACAUUUUCAAACUCCAAUAACUAUAAACUAUCACAAUGGCCUCAGGAAAUGAAGAAAAAAUUGAGUCUGGUUUCAAUGAUGUUCCUGAGACCAAACCAAAGAAGGAUUGGAUCCUUUUGUCCCUUAGGGUGGUAGCAUUUUUGGCCACUGUAUCAGCUACACUUGUUAUGUCACUCAACAAACAAACCAAAACCUUUGUAGUUGCUACCAUUGGUAGCACCCCAAUAACAGUUCCUCUUACUGCCAAGUUUCAGCAUACUCCAGCUUUUGUGUACUUUGUGGUAGCCAAUGGAAUUGUCAGUCUUCAUAAUUUGGUGAUGAUAGCAAUGUAUAUAUUAGGACCCAAAUUUCAUAACAAAGGACUCCAACUUGCACUGAUUGCAGUAUUUGACACGAUGGCUUUGGCUCUAGCAUCAAGUGGAGAUGGUGCAGCAACAGCUAUGUCAGAAUUAGGAAGGAAUGGUAAUUCACAUGCAAAAUGGAAUAAAAUAUGUGACAAAUUUGAGUCCUAUUGCAAUAGAGGUGGUGGUUCCUUAAUAGCCUCUUUCAUUGGGCUCAUUCUCCUACUCAUUAUUACAGUGAUGUCCAUCAACAAGCUCCUCAAACUCAAUCGCAAUUAACACACUAUUAUUGCAGUUCCUUGAUGCUAAUAAUACAUCAUUGUGUACACAUAUAUUUAUUUUCUUGCCCGGUCAUCCUAUUUUAAUUAUUAUAUCUACUUGUUGGAGUUUAUAAAAAAAAAAAAAAAAAA